AUGAAGCCAAUGUAUUUAAUUAAGAUUAAGGGAGUGUUAAUGUUAAUGGUUCUACAUAUAAAAGGUUCGAAAGUAAUCGACGAACAUGACCAAAAAGGACUAUAUGUAGAAGAUUACUGCCCCAGCAUAGGGGUAUGUGAAGAAGGUUCACACAUUAUGUGCACACAUUAUAACCCACAAUGGGAUCCAGAAUUAGCUACGUUAGCUAAAUUAUGGGCUAACCAGUGUAUUUAUGGUCAAGAUAGAUGUCGAGCAACAAAAAAAUAUCCAGAUCCAGGCCAAGAAUGUAGUCUAACUCGAUUUACUAUACCAGAUUGGACACCGAUAGUUAGAAGGAAUCGAUUUAACUACACUGGAUUCAGUUUGGAAAAAGUUAAAUACGGUAUUAUAUCAGCAUUAGAAGGAUUUUAUCGAACGAAAAAUCGCGUUAAUAUAGAAAAAUCAAUGAAUAAAGAUGGUAGAUGGGCCGGUUAUAUUAACCCAAUUAUACAACUAAUUCAAGGUUCGUCGACACAUGUUGGCUGUGGUCUAUCUAUAUACCAAGAUUUUGUUUAUGCUGAGUCUGAUCAACUAAUUCUUAAUGUAAUAUCGUACGACUAUGCUGCAACUUUUCAAAUCGCGUUCGUGAGGGUGACGUCGUAUACACUAUGGAUCCUCCAACAAAAGUGGGUUACACUGUUAAAUGCGGCUGUCCUCCUGGCUAUGAUGAGGAUGAUGGAUGCUUAUGCUAUGAAAGUGGAAGAGGAAUUCCACCCAAUGAAAAGUUCCAAAAUAAUUGAAGCGUUUGAUACAAAAUUAAUAAGUUUACUAAAUCAAUUAGAGGAAGAGGCAAAAACUAUUAAACUCGGUAAUAAAGAGAAGGAUAUUUUAGAUAAGAAGAUUAAGAAAAUAUACAGUAAGUUUGCUGAUAAAUUACGCUCAUCCAGAAAUAGGGAUGUGGAAGCCAGAAAUGGUAACAUUAUUCCAUUGGAAUCGUUAUUUGAUAGCGUUGAAAGAAGACAUCUUAAGAAUGCUCAAGUAAAAUAUGAACUAACUGGCAGUUAUGAAAAUGGAAAAACUGAAUAUCCCAAGUUUAAAAGAAGAAACACAAAGAAAAAGCACAAAGCAAUAAAACACAAAAACUUAAUUCACCAAGAUUCAAACACAAACCAAGAACAUAAGAAGAAUAAAAAGAGAAAGAAAGCUAUUGGAAAUAAGAGAUUUGUUAAAACAACUUUAAAAGACGCGGAUUCCAAAAUGUCUAGUUCAAAUGAAAUUGAACAGAAAAGAAAACCUGUGGAUAUUAUUGUGCAUAUUAAAAUGAAUGAU